GAAUCAUGUGGCAUCUGAACAUUAUUGCUCAAAUAAUUUAACGUUAAUCGAUUUAAACAGUAUUUCUGUAAAACUGGACUAUUAAUGUCAAUUUACCACAGAUGGUGUCUAAUUGUUUUGUUUACGCUUCUUGAACUCCGUUCUUAUUUGUUUUCUUUUCAAGAGACACACUGGUCGUGUCUCAACUUAGUGUACUGCCUAGUUAGACAGACUUUUAAGGGCGUGCAGUAUGUUUGAAGUGCAUGGGUUUGCAUCUUUGUAAGCAUCAUAGCAGUUUGCAGCAUUUUUGGGCAUCAAAGGUGCAUUGGAGAAAGAAGACGCUCAGUAUGGCGUUAAAAUCUGGAGAAGAGCGCCUGAAGGAGAUGGAGGCAGAGAUGGCGUUGUUCGAGCAGGAGGUGUUGGGAGGACCUGUGGCACCUACAGUGGUUGAAGCUGUUCCAGUCGCUCUGGCAAUGCCAGCCGUACCCAUUGUCAGGCCCAUCAUUGGUACAAACACCUACCGCGAGGUCCAGCAGAGUUUGGAGGCAAGAGCUGCCACUUUAGUUGGUCCACCACCUACAUUUGUUGCUAUGCCGGCAGUAGCGCCUCCUCCAAUGAUGCGUCCAGCAUUUGUCCCGCACGUCUUACAGAGACCAGUGGGUCAGAGAAUGCCAGUAAUGCGUGGUCCACCUCCUCAGGGCAUGAUAGCACCUCCUCUUCCCAGACCUCCACCUCCUCCACCCAUGAUGAUGGCUCCACCUAUGCCAGGACCUCCUCAGCCCCAAAUGGGUCCAGUCGGGCCACCCAUGGGGCCCAUGCCACAAGUUGGAGGCAUGAACCCUAUGUCUCCGGCACCACCGCGGCCUAUGGCUCAAGGCCCUGCGAAGAUCACUCCCAGUGUUAUACAGGCGGCCCCCACUGUUUACACAGCACCCCCUGCUCCUAAGAGAAUUGACUACAAGAGCCAGAAACAAGCACGCAUGGAGGAGUUAUCAGCAUUGGUGGCGGAGCAGCAGGCCGCAGUCAUGGCAGCUGGGCUCCUGGAAUCAAAGAAGGAGGCGGUCACUGAUGACAGCAAGAUCGGCCCGAGCAUGCCAGAGCCUGAGCCUACACAUGUGGAGCCUGCUGAUACCAGCACAGAAGAUAAGAAGAAAGGAAAACAGGAAAAGCAGAAGAAAUGCAUCCGGGUUGCAGCUGGUGUCACGUGGGAGGACACCAGCCUAUUAGAGUGGGAAACAGAUGAUUUCCGGAUAUUUUGUGGAGAUCUGGGUAAUGAGGUGAACGAUGACAUUCUGGCGAGAGCGUUUAGCCGUUAUCCAUCCUUUCUGAAGGCGAAGGUUGUUCGAGACAAACGCACUGGGAAAACAAAAGGUUACGGCUUCGUGAGUUUUAAAGAUCCCAACGAUUAUGUGCGCGCCAUGAGAGAAAUGAACGGGAGGUAUGUGGGCAGCAGACCUAUCAAACUGAGAAAGAGUUCAUGGAAAGAUCGCAAUCUGGAGGUUGUGCGUAAGAAACAGAAGGAGAAAAAGAAGUUGGGACUGAGAUAAUCCAUCUGUUCUGAAAUUGUGGACUUGAUUUGUGUGACCCAGGACAUAUAUAACGAGUAGGAGUCAUUCAUACUCCUCCAUUAGUUGCAAAUAAACAAGCGCCAACUUCCCAUUUGGCCCUUUUUUACUAAUAAAUCUACAUUUAUUUCCUUGUGUAUUAUCACACACUGACCUCUCCCUCUAUCACUGCAUGCUGUAAAAUCUUUCACUUGUCUUCAAGAGAGAUUUUUAAACAUAUUAAGUGUGGUUUGGAUGUCGAAAAUGUUGGUUUUGUUUUCUUCCUUUUUUUUUUUUGCCCCCAAAAAAUGUUAGAAGCAACUUACUUUAAAGUUCAGGGAGGCCAUUACAUUUGUUUCUAUUUAAGGUGAUGUCUGAAGUAAUAUGUGUUAAAAAAAAAAAAAAAAUGCAAUUUUUUUCAAUAAACUGAGUUUUUUUUUUAGUUUCAAUUCUAA